CGGAGCCAAUAGGAAGCCUCAGAUUUUCCUUAGAGCCCGCCCACAGGUAAUACAUCUCUCUGUGAGGGAGGAAGCUUGGUGUUGUCUUCAGCUGGCCACCGUCCUACCUGCAGAGUUUGGGGAAAAAACAAGUGCACUGUAACAUUUCCACCAUGGCGACAACAGCAUUAAGAUCAGUGCUAAAGGCAAAGGUCCCAUUUAAGGUUGGCCGCAUGUGCUACUCUUCCUCCUCAGUGCCCACCACCAAGUUGUUCAUCGAUGGGAAGUUUGUUGAAUCCAAAACCUCAGAAUGGCUGGAUAUUCACAAUCCUGCUACCAACGAAGUGAUCUCCCGCGUACCAAAAGCCACCCAGGAGGAGAUGUUGGCUGCUGUGGACUCGUGCUCCAGAGCCUUUAAGUCCUGGUCUGAGACCUCCAUCUUGACUCGGCAGCAGGUCUUUCUGCGCUAUCAGCUGCUUAUCAAGGACAACAUUAAAGAACUUGCCAAGGCCAUCACAGUUGAACAGGGCAAGACCCUUGCGGAUGCAGAGGGGGAUGUUUUCAGAGGAUUGCAGGUUGUGGAGCACGCCUGCAGCAUCACCUCUCUGAUGCUCGGUGAAACCCUGCCCUCCAUCACCAAGGACAUGGACACCUACACCUACCGACUGCCCAUUGGGGUGUGCGCCGGCAUUGCCCCCUUCAACUUCCCUGCCAUGAUCCCUCUGUGGAUGUUCCCCAUGGGCCUGGUGUGCGGCAACACCUACCUGAUGAAGCCGUCAGAGCGGGUGCCAGCCUGCACCAUGCUGCUGGCCAAGAUGCUGCAGGAUGCCGGUGUUCCGGACGGGUCGCUCAACAUCAUCCACGGCCAACACGCUGCUGUGAAUUUCAUCUGUGACCAUCCGGCCAUCAAGGCAAUCAGCUUUGUUGGCUCAAAUCAAGCUGGGGAGUACAUUUACGAAAGGGGCUCUAAAAAUGGCAAGAGGGUCCAGUCGAACAUGGGAGCCAAGAACCAUGGUGUGGUGAUGCCUGAUGCCAACAAGGAGAACACACUGAACCAGCUCGUGGGUGCAGCGUUCGGGGCAGCAGGACAGCGCUGCAUGGCCCUGUCCACUGCCAUCUUGGUGGGCGAGGCACGGAGCUGGCUGCCGGAGCUGGUGGAGCGCUCCAAGGCUCUGCGCGUGAACGCAGGAGACCAGCCUGGUGCAGACGUGGGGCCUCUGAUCUCUCCACAGGCCAAGGAGAGAGUCUGCAGUCUGAUCCAGAGUGGCGUGAACGAGGGAGCUCAGCUGCUCCUGGACGGCCGAAACGUCAAGGUCAAGGGUUACGAGAACGGCAACUUUGUGGGUCCCACCAUCAUCGGCAAGGUCACACCUGAGAUGAAGUGCUACACUGAAGAGAUCUUCGGGCCCGUGUUGGUUGUUCUCGAGGCAGACACUCUGGAUGAUGCCAUCAGUAUGGUCAACAGGAACAUCUAUGGCAACGGCACAGCUAUCUUCACCACAAAUGGCGCCACUGCACGCAAAUACACUCACGAGGUGGACGUGGGCCAGGUUGGAGUCAACGUUCCCAUCCCUGUUCCACUGCCUAUGUUCUCCUUUACUGGAUCAAGAGGAUCCUUCAGAGGGGACAUGAACUUCUAUGGAAAACAAGGCAUCCAGUUCUACACACAGAUCAAAACUGUAACCUCACAAUGGAAAGCUGAAGAUGCCACCGUGACAAGUCCUACAGUUACCAUGCCCACCAUGGGACGCUAAAUACUCCGAGAGCUGUUACUCAGUCUGAUAAACCACAAUACCUACACACCCUUCUUCCACAUACUAGUCGAUGUGAAUAGUUCAUUAAUACAAAUUAUUAAAUAAUGCUCCUUUUUAUAUUUGAUGUGUAUAUACAGUAGAUACUCUGUAAAUGUAAACCACUGUGGCCAAGAUUUUAACAGUGCAAAAGAUCUGUACAGCUGAUGCAACAUUAUUGGAUCAAUGCCAUUUCCUCAAAUACAACACCACUAUUGAAA